AUGGCCCAGCCACCAGGUGAUGACUGGACCGCGCCCAUGGAUGUGGGUAGCACAACUGAGGUCAGAGAGAGUGGUGCGACUGCCGGCAAGCUGAAGGACAACCUCAUGAGCAAAGUGUUGGGUCUAUCAUUGGAGCAUGGCGGGCUCAACAGAUAUUUGCAGAAGAAGUACAACACAGUUGAGAAAAAGAAGGAGUUCGUCAACUUGCUGAAGACUCAUGUUCCGAUUGGUACAUCAAUCGACUACAAUCACCAGCAAACCGUCGCCGAGACACCGGAUGGCAACACUUACAAGGUUCACGUGUCCAUGCUGGGAUUUGACAAGGUGGCCUCCUGCAAGUACCUGGUGGAGCACUCGGUCGUGGAAAAGCUGAUUCCAGAGAUCAUCCACGACGGCUUCGUGACCACCAGCGAGCCGUUAGUCUGCCAUCAGCCCAAGGAGCUGCAGAUCGCGGAGCUCAUGCCUACAGAGAACCAGAUGAGCCACUUCAGCCUUGCGUAUGUGAAGGGAAUGGCCCGGGCUUGUACGCUGUUAACUCUCUUGGACGUGAUCUUGGCAGAUGGUGCCCAGGAGUUCUUGGACACAUUCAAGACAGUGGUCGACAGCGCCAAGGUGAUCACUAUCAGGGUGCAGAUUGCGAUAGACCGAAUUGCCCUUGCAGUCGAAAAUGCGAAGCUCGCCCAACGUGGACGUAUACGCAAGGCAAACAAUGUCGUGACAUGGGCUGGCAUCGUCCUGGAGCUCAAGGCACAUGGAAUCACUGAUCCGCAGACUCUGGUUCGGGCCUGGAAUGAGAAGUGCGCGACGAAGGAGGCGCAGAUCAUCGGCCAGAAGCGCACAGCUCUUCUUUCCAUCCUGAGCUUGAGUGACCACGCCCUGAACACUCUCUUCGAGAUCGUGGCAGAGAAUGGAUGGGAACACUCCCCCUUCACCGAGGACUUCCUCGCCUCGCCGAAGCUCAAGAAGGACUGGUACCAAAGGAACGUUUCCAAGGCCUGGCAGCACCGCACCAAGGUCACUAGCAAGGCCCAGGAGCUGAUGAUGGACACUCUUCAAGUGCACUAUCGUACCCUCCCGGUGAGCGCCAGGAAGAAGAUGAGCAGAUCGGACCUCGAAGAGCUACUGCUGGUGGUUUCAGUUGCGGUCAAUCUAUGCGACGAGGUCAAGGAGCAGAUGCCAAUCCCAGACGAGGUCCUCUACAAGAGCUUCCUCGACCUUGUUGUCUGUUCUGACCAGGCGGUCAUACUCGAGCUCCAAAUGGCAGUGGCGUCCAAGGACCAGAGCUUCAAGCCUGCUGACGUCCAGUGCCUGAAGAACAUCAUGCAAGCUCACGUUGCCAACACUGCGAACAGCGUCAUGCAUUUGCAGGCUGACGUCGACAUGGAGGCUGGGAAGCUGGAGCAGAAGGCCAUGGAGUUAGAUAUGGAGAAGAUCGAGAACGACUGCAAGCGCUUCGACAUCUGGAAGACCAAGAUGUUGGAUCGCGAGGCCCAGGACUACUAUCAAGAGCUGGACUGGAAGAGGAAGCAGGUCGAGGCUGGCGAGCUCUUCGCAGACGAGUGGGUGGAGAAGCAUAUCUGCAUUCUUGGGGAGGUGGAAGCAACAACUGCUGGGCGCAACAUCCAACAUCUCGCUGAAUUUCACACCAAGAGCGUGGAGACCGUCAACCUCAGCAAGGGUGCCAAAAAGGUGGUGAUAGGAGUCCUGGUGCUGAUGCCGAACUUCGUAUACAAGAAGGCGUCAUUAUGGAUGGCAGAGAUCAACGCCCUGAAGAGCCUAUCCCAGACUGGCUUCAAUAGCGACCACAAGUUUUCUGUUAUGUUCGAGGAAGGCUCUGCUGAUGCUCGCGACGAGAGGCCUGGUAAUUACGAUGGACGCUUCUGUAUCCCGAUACCUCGUGAGGGAAAGGAUGGGGUGAAUUGCUUUGUCAAGAGCAGGCUCUGGGUCCAAGGGUUUACAGAUAGAGUGCCGUUCACGAAAUCGUCUGAUAUGAUGCAGAUCGAGGACAUGAGCGAGGACGCCAUGCCAGAAGUGAGGGACGAGAAGCAUACGAUGUGUCCUUCGCUCCGUUUUCAGCAAGUGGGAAUGCAAGCCAUCGAAAGCAUGGUCCGGGGAGCUACUGAGGGUAUCUCUUCGAGCACUGAGCUGAGUGGGAACGCGUUGAACAUCAUGAUCGUGGACUUCAGCGCUGAUGCUGGUGUAUCUAUCAAGGCAUUCCUGAACAUCGUCUCCUCUUUCGAAGUGCCAGUGUCCCUGGCGCUGCUGCCAGAGAACGUCCGACAGACUGAGUGGCUAAAGGAGCUUGCCAGGAGGGAGGUUGCAAGUGGCUGGCUCAAUAGCCAAAUCAAGGACAAGAAGGCACCUCCACCCAAAGCCAUGCCCCAGGAGGAGAAACAUAGUUUUCCAGACAAGCCAGCGUUGUCUAUCUUGACGUGGGCGCAGAAGGUCGGGGAGCUCGACUCGAUCAAGAUCCCUGCUCACGUCACUGACAAGUGGUCGGCAAAGGAGAAGUUCAACGAGUUCAUGCAGAAGCUGGAGGCCAAGUACGGCGACAUGUCAUCCAAGAAGAGGGCGCUUGAAUCCCAUGGAGAUCCAGGGACUCCUUCACCACACAAGGCCUUGAAGGUCGAUAGGGAUGCGACUCCUCCACCCAAGCAGGUCAACACGAUGUCCCUGAGCGAGAUCACCACGACACCCUUGGCAGAUAUCACCAUUGCAAACUUGAAAUCCAACCAAAUCGUUCUGCAGUUCAUGGUCAAUGAUGUUGUGUUCCUUUGCAACAAGAGCGACGCUGACGUCACCCUGCCGGCACAUCACGUGCUAGUCCUCUUCCCGACGAAAGGCUCCAAGUUCGAGAAGACGCCUGCGAAUGACGGCAAAUCCAUGGAGUACAAGCUCGGAUCCCAGGAUGAGAUGAUUGCCCUCGGUUCCAUGGUCCAGGACCUGUACAAGACAGUCAAGGACAAGAAGAAGCAGGAGCCCAAGCUCGCGAAGGUGUGCUUUCACACCUUGAAGGACGUAGCCACUGCAGAAAAGCCUGGCUCGUUCUCGAUCGAUGUCAAGGUACAGGUGCAUUUCAACAUCCAGGAGCGCAUCAAGGUCGAGGAUGACAACGAGAAGAAGCUCAAGACAUCAUUCCAGAACGCAGGGGCCUUGAUUCCGAUCAAAAAGUGGCUCGAGGCCCCGUUGCUCAAGAUCAUGUGGUCGUGCAAGUGGAGCCCCAAGGGUCUCGUCCCGGUGUGCCCCAAGGUGGUUACCAAGGAAGCGAUCAGCCUCCCCCCCGGCAGUGGCAUCAAGCUCCUGUGA